UGCGACAUGCACACAUUCUGGCUCCGCCUACGAGAUCCGCCGGGUGGUACCUCCGCGUUCGACAGUCAGAAACCGUCUACCACCUACGGACAAUCACAACAUCCAUAGCCAAGAGAAAAAUUUGUCCUGGGACGGGACUCGAACCCGCACAGCGCACGGCGACUGAUCAGGAGACCGAAGAGUCUACUACUGCGGCCACCGCUGCUGCCUUAGACGACGUCACAACAUCCAUGGCGAAGGCGAGAUUCGAACUC